ACGAAUCGUUUUGAUCGCAGAUUGUUACGGAAAGUGACUUAAUGGGCGAUACUCGCGAUUUUUGUGUGUGAUCAAUACUGGGGCUGGCUUUUCAGUAUCUAUAUACAAAUGCAAAUCCAUAGAUUGAAAAAAUUAAUUAAUAAUAAAAUAAUCAAUGCCAACGAAUGAGUUUAACAGAACGCAUUGUUAUUAACACGAGUAAUAAUUAAUUAAUUAAACAAAAAUAGUGCUAAUUUGAAUAAUUCUAAAGAAAAUUAGGCAGCAAAGUGAAUCAGUAAAUUAAAUAGCCUAAAAACAACAAAAAAAAAUAAAAAGAAAACAAAACAAACCAAAAUAAUUAACAAGUAGUAAAUAUAAUACAAAAUAAUAAAAAUAUUAAGUCAAGCUUUUUGGCUCCUCAUUAUAAUGAGUACGAGUUAAAGCUUUCCUCUCAAAAGCACUUGCAUAAGUGUAUGAGUGAGAAUUUUGUUUAAACAAAUUCGAAAUUAAUACAAAAUUUAAAUAAAUAAAUAAUUAAAUUUAUUUGUUCGUGCAAAAAUUAUAAACGUACACAACCUCUGAGACAAGUACUAAAUUCCAACUAAAAACAAACAAAAUAAAACAGUUCCAAGAACCAAUAAAAAAGAUAUGUAUAAUGAUAACUUGAAGUUGGAACGUUGAAAAUUAUUUUCAUUCAUGUAGAGUUUUAAACAGACGCUUUGAAAUUUAUGUGAAAUUUGCAUGGAGAAAAUGCAUUACAAUAAACAAUGUAAUGAUUUGAUUCAAAGUGAAAUAAGUGCCCAAACUAUUACAAGUAGCACACCUUCGAUAACAGCAAAGGAAACUGGCUCGGAAAUAAAUGGCAACAGUGAAAGAAUCUUAUCAGUUGAAGUGAAUAAUACCAAGAAUGGGAAUAAAACGAAAGAACAUGAAGCAUCUGAUGAUAUUGGAACACACACGGGCACAUCAACAAGCUGUACAUCUUCAACAGACUCUGGAGUAAAUAUAAGUGAUAACGAUGAGAUACCUCACUCACCCUCACCCACAUCCUCGCACUUGCAUUCAUUCCCCUCAACGAUUUCAUCGUCGAGUGAAACAACAACUGUGAACCCAUUUAAUAAACAAUUUCACAAAAACAAUAAACAAAUACUAAAUAAUAAUAACAAAAUCAGAGAUAACAAUAUAAACAAUAAGAAAGCCAACAACAACUAUAAUAAUAAUCACAUUUUCAAUGGCCAUAAUGAUAAUUAUGAUGAUGAUGAUGAUGACAAAUACAACCACAACAACUCUACAACUUCUGAUAAUAAAUUAAAAAGUGAAGAACAUCGAAAACGUCUACAAGAGCAACAAUUUUUAAAAGCGGAAAACAGUAGUAACGGCGACAUUAACACUCGAUAUCAACAAAAUCAAAAUGUCAUCGAAAGUGAGAACGUGAUAAAUGUUAGUCAUCAGCGGAAUUUGCAAAACCCGACAACGAGAGUUACGCCAACAACAACAAAUUAUACACCAUCGUUACAACACAAUGAGUUCAUUAACCCACCACAGCGGUCACCAUCAACGUCAUCAUCAUUGUCUAUGUCAUCAAUUAUGUCUACGAACAGUGACGAUAAAAUCCAAAACCCGCCCUCCAAAAUGCACCACUGUAGUGGGUCGCCUGUUGUUUCCAUACGCAGCAUUAAUUCCACUAUCAUAACGUCAGACUCCGAUUCGGAUUCAGAUCUCAGUGGCGAUACUGAGGGGGUGCAUGCAAAUUAUGUGAUAAAAAAACUUGGUACCCAGGUGACUUACCCACCUAAACAUCCCGAUAUUCCCAACAUCAACAGUGGCCAUACGGUCUUAAAUCAACAAGUGGUACCGGAUUGCAAUGACGUGACAGCAUCUCCUUUAGCGGCAUUAGCAGCUAUUGGCGAUAGAAUUGGAGCGGCUCAGGCUUUGGGUCCAGUGCCAUCAUUAUCAGCCGUUCCUCAACGUCCUCAAAUCGGUAGCAUAGCGCUUAGUAAUUCAAGUGAUGUGACCUUUGGCGACAAGCACUUCUACGAAGGUCCUGUAACAAUACAACAAUUUCUCAUCGAUGGUCGUGACAAAUGGAAAGAGACAAAUGGAAAGGAAAAUCCAACAUUUGUGAACGAUACUGGAGAACCAUCCAAUAAUGCCAAAGAUAUAAACUCAUCAGGGGAGAAAUCGGGUAAACUCUACGGAUACAUUUCGAAACGCAAAAAACUGAUAAUUCCCAGUGUUUUGGCUCUUAUGACGUUGCUGAUUGUGGCCACAAUAUUGGGGAGCAAGGCGCUGAGCGAUAGCAAAAGUAAGCUUGUACUCGGAAAUAGCGAAGAAUCGAGAAAUAGUAUUCCAAUCAAUUCAACAAUAGCCCUAGACAAUGUCGGUGGUGGAUAUGUGUUGCGUAUAGUACCUCGAGUUUCGUGGCUAGCCCAACCUCCCAUUAACAAAUGGGUCCCUCUUGAUCAACCCAUUGAUCGUGUAAUAGUGAUACCAACAAGAACGUCAGAAUGUGACACUCAGGCGUCUUGUAUGUAUACGGUGCGAAUAACACAAACGUUCAACAUCGAGUCACAACAACAGGAUGACAUAAUUUAUAAUUUCCUCAUUGGUGGCGAUGGAAACGUUUAUGAAGGCCGUGGCUGGGAUAAUAGAGGUUCGGUUAUAAAAGGUUUCAAUGAUGACAGUAUAAGUUUAGCCUACAUUGGAUCGUUCAAGAAGCAGUCACCAUCCUACAAACAACUAAAUGUUACCAAACUAUUACUAGAGGAUGGAGUUCGUAAGAAGAAGCUCUCUUCGAAUUACAAAAUUGUAGGGGCAAACAAAUUGGACCCAACUUCAGUUGCAACUAUAGCAGAUGCUUUGUAUAAAAGUUUUGAAAAUUGGCCACAUUGGUCAGAUAAUUAGAUUCGAUUAGUCAUUUUGUAAAUUUAAUUUAAUGUAUGUAUUUUAAAAAAGCAGAUGUCUUAUAAUUUUGUCAUCUGUGAUAAUUAUAAUCGCUUAUUUAGUAAAAGAUCGUCACAAGCAAUGUGUAUUGGUGCUGGAGAAGUAUGGCGCUUUUAAAUUCUUUGAUGAAAAAUCAACAUUUUAAGGAAACAUUCGUUAGUAUUAAAUAUAUACCCAGCUAAAACAAUAAUUACCAAGUAAUGAGUUAAAAUGCAAAAUUUGAUCACAACAUAUUAACACGGUGAUUACAUUGGAAGCAAGUACUUACCACAAACGCUUAUAAAUAUGAAAUUUCUUAAAAGUAUCACAAGUUGCAAGUAAUGACUCAAAUAACUCAUUGGUAGUAUAGGUUUCACAGAAGCCGUUACCAGUAAAAACAGAAUAUGUAAAUGAUAAGUGUACAGUUAUAUAACUGAUAAUAAAUAAGUCAUUACGCGACUACUUCAAAGUAAUGCGGACGGUAUGUAGUUGUCAUAGAUAAGUAAGUUAUUGAGUUAUCAUUACAAGUUUUUGCUGGGAUAAGUCUAUUAAAUGUAGUAUCGAGGAUUAUUAUCGCAAAAUGGAUGUACUUCUCCAUGCCGGAAUAUCUUAUAUGUAUGUAGAGUGGAUGUGUAGUGGCAUAAUUAAUGUUAAGUUUAUUUUAGUUGUAUGCUCGUAUAUUUUUUAAUGUUAAUGGUAAUGAUUGAUAUUUUCGUUAGCUGAUACAUUUACCAAAAAUUCGAUAAAAAAAGCCAAAAUUUUUAAAUUAAGAUUAAAAUUGAUGGACUUAUUGUUAGAUAUUAAAUGUCACUGUGGCAACUCUUUACAAUAAUAAAAUGUUUUAAAAAUUAAAACAGUUUGAUACAAAGAAAAUAA